AUGCAAUUGGUCUUGGCUGACCAACUAAAUUUACCGGGAGAAAAGGAUGAUAAUUUUUUAGUUGUAGGAUCAUCAGUUAAAGACAAACAAUGCGACGAAAAAUUGUUAUUCAAUGAGAUACCUACACAAAUUCGGGGCGACAGCUCCAUUGAUGCUUACACUUCAAGUACGAAAUUCGAUACGUUAAGAGUCAUGGUUUUAUUAGCCGCAAUUCAGAACAUCAAAGAAGCCGUUGAUAGAGAAAAUGCAUUAUUAAUGGACAUCGGUGUUGCCAAUGACAUGGCAUCUCAAAAAUUAUUUCUUGAAUCUGUUAUUGAGCGAACAAAUAAUGGAUACUUCAUUUCUUCAACCGACUUUAUUGACCAAACUGAAUAG